AGCACAAGCGCCACAAGCAGACGCAGCAAGAAAGAGAAGAGACAGAAGAGUGACGAGGAGCGACACGUCAUAUGAGACAGAACAAAACGAAACGAGUCGAAUUAGUCGACUCGAAACACGUCAACACUCGCUCGGCUCGCUCAUUUGCGUUAGCAUGAUAAGCGUAAUUAUGUAUUUUCGAUAAUAAUUAUAUCUUCAUACACAUCUGUAGCGAUUGAUCGACAAUUUGGAGCUACAAUUAAAGAAGGUGAAUAUAGAAAAGAACAAAAUGUCGUCAAACAAAGAUCGAGGAAAAGAAACCGGCGCAAGAAAGGAAGAAAAUGCAGAGGCCGAGAUCGAUUCGCCCAGUUUUCCGGAUCUCCACCAUCGUCUUGUCCUCAUGCUCAGGGAACUUCAAGAAAAAAGGGUUGUGCACACAUUGGAUCAGAGAGAAAUGAGCAGAAUGACGAUGAAAAGCAACGAGCAGGAGCGAAUGCUCGAGUGCGAACGAAGAUCUCUGUCCGGUCUGCAAGUGCAACUGGACUUUCAUUCUCAAAGUGUCCGAAAGAAGGACGCAGAGUUGGAAACUUCUGUCCAGAAGGCACUCAGAUUGGAGGUCCAGUUGUCUCUUGCCAAGCAGGAAAUUGGUGUUCUCCGAGCAGAGUCCCACAAAUUAGAGGUUCAAAUUCUGGAGUUGACACAAAAAGCAGCGAGUCUUGAGACAAGGAUGAUUCAGUUUGCCAAUUUCAACGAAUCCUGUGGAGGCUUUCAAGACAAAGUUAAAUUUUAUCUUGCAUCGUCUGAACAUGAAUUGUCUUCGCUGAGAAAAGAAGUUUGCCGAGUUCAAGAUGAUGUUGAAAAGUGUUGUAAGCAAGCUGUGGGUUUUGAUGCCUCAGUUGAGAUGUUUGAGACUCUGCAGAAAAGUCAUCUGAUUGAAUAUGACAAAUUGCGGAAUGUCUUGGUAGAAAAGCAAAAAUGUAUUGAUGGUCUUCAAAAAAAUAUGCUACUAUCGAAAAACACUGAUAAACCAAAUGAAAGCAGUUUGACAAAAGAGCUUGUUUGUCAAAUCAAAACCUUAGAGAAAAGUCUUGCAAGUGAGAAAAUGGUCUCGAAACAACUGAAAGACAUUCUGAGCAAAGCUGUUCAGUCGCAGGAGAUUCUCCAAAAGCUUGAAUCAGAGACAAAUUCUAAGCUGAGUCUUGCAGAGGCAAAGUUAGCUGCCGGCAAAGCCAGCGAAGACGUUUCGAAGCAAGAAAUAAUUGACCUCAAAAAUGAGUUGAAGCAGCUGCAGAUUUCCUCAAAGAAAGCCCCAACUGAUGAAAAGUCAGUCCAAACCGACAAGCAAGAAAUUUCAUCCGAGGCGCAGAGCACAAACAACGUCAAAGUUGCAGAGGAAUGUCCUGAAAAAGUGGUAACAGAUUCUGCCAGGAACUUGGACGAAGUAAAAAGACAGUUCCAUUCUGCUCUAACCACUUCAGGAGAUGACUGGAGUAAAUACUCCGACGUGUUGACCACCAAAUGAAGAAAAUUUGAAGUAAUUUGCAGACAGUCCAAUCCAAAGCUUAUCUUUUAAUGCUUUUAAUUAAUUCUACAUAGGAAAUGUUUAAGGUCUGAUUGAUAAAAUGCAUGAAUUUAUUUCAAAACAUUUCAUUUAUUAUGUACAAUAUGUGAAUUGAAUGAAAUUAUUUAACCUAACCACUGAGACCGAUAUUGUGAAUAUGUUCAAUAAUACGCCAUAAAUGGGUUACAUCUGAAUAUUAUAUGUAUUGAACUCCUGAAUGUAUUUAAUAGAUUAGAAGAUUACCUUAGAUUUCUUUUACGAUGGGCUGAUCACAAUUAAGGCUUCUAUCCGAUGCAAAAAAUAAAAUAUUAUGUAACAAAAAGAGGGAAAUGAAAAUUCCAUUUGUUUGUCUUUUGUUCAUUUUAUUUAUAUUUCAUUUGUGAGCUUAUAAUUCGGAGUGGGUUUAAUUUGAUGUGAAGCAGAUGUGAAGGAUAGCAUUUAUCUAGAAAACCUGUUUUAAAUAAUUGUCAAAUAAAUCAUAUAAGCGUC